CUUUUCAGGAGGGAUUUCCAACGCCCUUUCCUUCCCUUCGGUUACAAAUUACAACUCAAAACUCUCUCGCUCUCUCUCUCUCUCUCAUUACAUAUACGAUUCAGACUAUAUAUAUAUGCGCAGACCAGCGACCUCAUCUCUCGCCUGUCCUUCUCUCGUCAACCUCCCAUGGCGGGUCUCUACUCUUCCUCCAGACCCACCUCUUCUUCCUCCUCCUCGUUGUCGUCCCCAUCUUCUUCUUCCUUCCAGACCUUCGCUUCCCGCCUCCUUCUCCUCCUCACCGUCCUCCCCCUGACUCUCGCCGCCUUCGCCUUCGUUCUCCAAUGGCGCGGCGGCCUCAAUGACCCCGUUACCCGGUGGUCGCCGGAUCACCACGAUUUCCCCGGCAUGGUCCAGAUGGGUGAGGUCCAGCGCCAGGCUUUACGUUCUUCGGGUUCCGACUGUGUCGAUAUUCUGGGUCGGAGCCACUCCCCCGCCUUCCCCUACUACAAGGAUUGGAAGUUCGAUUACGCCUCCGAUCUGAGGCCCAAGAUAUCCAUUCAAACAAGCACUUCAGCUGGUUUAGAGCAAACUUUGCCAUGGAUCUUUUAUCAUAAGGUUAUUGGAGUAUCAAACUUUUUCCUUUUCGUGGAAGGGAAGGCUGCGUCCCCUAAAGUAUCUAAAGUUUUAGAAACCAUUCCGGGAGUGAAGGUUAUAUACAGGACAAGGGAAUUGGAGGAGCAGCAAGCUAAAAGCCGGAUUUGGAACGAGACUUGGCUGUCAAGCUUCUUCUAUAAGCCGUGUAAUUAUGAGUUGUUUGUGAAGCAGUCCCUUAACAUGGAGAUGGCUAUUGUCAUGGCAAGGGAAGCCGGCAUGGAUUGGAUCAUCCAUCUUGACACUGAUGAGCUAAUAUAUCCAGCGGGCACUCAUGAGUACUCUUUGAGACAGUUGUUGUCCGAUGUGCCUGGAAAUGUUGAUAUGGUUAUCUUUCCAAAUUAUGAAAGUAGUGUAGAGCGUGAUGAUAUCAAGGAACCUUUCAGUGAGGUGUCAAUGUUCAAGAAAAACUAUGACCAUCUUCCAAAGGAUGUAUAUUUUGGAAAUUAUAAAGAAGCAACUAGGGGUAACCCAAACUACUUUUUAACAUACGGAAAUGGGAAAUCAGCUGCCCGAAUUCAAGAUCACCUUCGCCCUAAUGGUGCACAUAGAUGGCACAAUUAUAUGAAGACACCAAAUGAGAUCAAAUUGGAUGAGGCUGCUAUUCUGCAUUAUACAUAUCCCAAAUUUUCUGAUUUGACCUCUAGACGUGAUCGUUGUGGUUGCAAGCCUACCAAGGAUGAUGUUAAAAGAUGCUUCAUGUUGGAAUUUGACAGAGCUGCAUUCAUAAUUGCUUCAACUGCAACAGAGGAGGAAAUGCUUAACUGGUACCGGGAACGCAUUGUGUGGACUGACAAAGAGCUCAACUUAAAACUUUUAAGGAAGGGCAUCUUGACUCGGAUUUAUGCACCGAUGGUCAUCAUACAGGGAUUAAGGGAAUCAGGUGUUUUCAGCUCCGUAAUUGCAUCAGCUGCACAAACAAAUCUCACAAGAGAUCAGUUUUUGUCCUCGGUUGAAAGUAGCAACUCCUCUAGGGAAUCAACAUCUGGGGCAAUUAAUUCAAGAAAGAUUGGUAAACUACUAGAUUCUCAAGCAACUGCAAGAAGGGUCUUGGAAUUCAUAGACGAUGCUUCUCACCCGUUGGCAAUUCCACCAUUAUCUCCUCCUGGCUUGGAUGAGGAUGAUUUUCAAAUUGACGUACAACUGUCUUCCAAUCCCAAUGACCGAGACCUCAUCAAGCUUCCCGUGUGAACAAAGCAUAUUGAGCAAUGCCAUUUUUGUUGAAGAGAAAAGUUCGAGGGAGUGAAAGAAACAGACAGGUUGGUCUGCUGUUGAGAUGAGGUGUUUUUUUUUUCGUUUUUCAGUUUUUUAUGUGGUUCUUCCCGAUCAUUACCCAAGCGCUGAUGUACAUUACAGGUUUUAGAUUAGGAGAUUGCAGAGGUUAAGAGGUUAGAGGGGAUUUCCCGGUAGGUAUUCAAGAACCGGCCCGAUUGCUGGCGACUGUAAUUCAUAUUCUUUCUCCCGUCACAUUCGUUUGUGUUUAUAUACAACAUUGGAUGGGGGUUAAUACAGAGAUCCUUUUACCUCA